AUAUGAUCUAGAAUCCCGAAAAAAUAAACUUAUUUUCUUCAAUCUCUUUUACUAUUUGUAAUUUGUCAAAGAAUAAUUGCAGCACUGUGAAAAGUUUAAUAGAAAAUGGCUUACAAUUUUCCGGGUGUACCAGCGGCCGCUAUGCCACCAAUGGGUAUAGGACCGAUGGGACCUCUUGCUCCAAUCGCAGGUCCACAAAGUUUUAUGGAGUUGGCAGGCCAAGGAUUUCCUCCUUUACCUCCACCAAUACCACUGCCAGGAAUGAAUGAUUCUCCAUUAGAAUUUAGUACAAAUAAAAAUCAACCACCGGUAGUUAGAGAAGCUUCUGAAGAUAAUAGUGAUAAAAGAAAUGAAAAAAGUGACAUUCGACGUGAAAGAGAAAACCGAGACAAUAGAGAUAAUCGAGACAAUAGAAGAUCUAGAAGUGAUCGAAGCGAUCGAAGGGAGCGCGAUAGAGAAAGAAGGGAAGAAAGAAGCGAAAGAGACAGAAGAGAAGAACGAAGACCAGAUGAUCGAAACAGUAUAAAUUCUACCAGUAACAAUAACAGUCAUACUAAUAAUUCAAAUAGUAAUGAAAUUCCAUCAUCAUCAAAUACUGGUAAUACUCCGAAUUUGGGAACACAAAUGGAACAAGCAACGGGAGUUUGGGGAAUGGGAGUAGGGUAUCCAGUGAUGGGAAUGGGUCCAAUGGGUCCAAUGGGACCUAUGAUGAGUGAAAUGACACUUGGGCCACAUAUGGGACAUACUCAUAGUUAUGGGCCUAUGAGUAUGGGAAUGAUGUCACACGAUGGUAGUAUGAUAGGUGCACAAAUAUUAGGACCAGAACAAAUAAUGAACGAUGCUGCCCAAAUUAUGAGUGGUGCCUUACCUCCUCCUCCUACAACGCCACAAGGUACCAAAGAAAUUAUACAUUGUAAAAGUUGUACACUGUUUCCACCAAAUCCAAAUGCUCCACCUCCAACAACCCGUGAAAGGCCUCCAGGAUGCAGAACAAUUUUUGUCGGAGGUUUGCCGGAAAAUAUCACGGAAACGAUUAUUCAAGAAAUAUUUGAGCGAUGCGGAGAAAUAACCACUUUACGACUUUCUAAAAAAAACUUUUGUCAUAUACGUUUCGUACUGGAGAGUAGUGUCGAUGCUGCAAUUUAUUUAUCUGGAUAUAGAGUUAGAAUAGGAUCCAGUGGUGACCCUGCAAACACAGGCAGGCUUCAUGUAGAUUUUGCUCAGGCUAGGGAUGACCAAUAUGAAUGGGAAUGUAGACAACGUCAACUACAGAGAGAACAACGUCACAGAGAAAGAGUUGAGAAAGAAAGACAGAGGGCACCGUCCAGUCCUCCUCCAGUAGUACAUUAUACAGAUCAUGAAGCAUCAAAUAUUUGCGAGAAAAUUAAGCAGGAUGAUACAUUUAUGAAAGCGGUGCAAAAAACGCGUUCUGUCACGUUACAAAACAAGCGCAUUAAAUCAUUCCAGGUUGUCGUAACAUGGCUCGAGCGUGGAGACUGCACCAAACGCAACGCUAACACUUUUUAUUCGAUGAUUCAGUCAACGAAUUCUCACGUUCGAAGGUUACUCACAGAAAAAGUCGCAUACGAAGAGGAACUUCAGAAGGCAAAGGAACUUAUGAAAGGAAGGAUGCAAGGACUCUUAAUACAAUUCAGUCAGAUUGAACGCGUCUUUACUGCGGCCAGCCACAAGAAGGUCUGGGAUCACUUCACAAAGGCUCAACGGAAGAACAUCGAAAUGUGGAAGAAACAAUCCUCGGAGAUUAAAGCAGUACAACUGGAAGAAUCUCUAAUGGAAGGUGAAGGAGAAAUGGAAGUUUCUGACUCAGAAGAGGAACCACAACGCAAAAAAACACGCAAUCAAUCGGAUGCACACGAUGAUAUUGAAAGAUUACAAGUAUUAAAGGAGGAGAAUGAUAGUCUUCGGUGUCAAUUAGAAGCAUAUAAAAAUGAAGUAGAUUUGCUAAAAUCCGAAACAAAAAGUGAAAUAGAUGCGAAGGAUAAACAAAUGAAGAUGUUGCAACAAACUUUAAAAGGUAUGCAGGAGCAAUUGAUGCAAUCAAGAAAACAACAAGCACAAGAUGACCAGAAAAUUAAAGAUUUAACUGUGAAACUGAAUGCCACGAAAAAAGAAGAACCACGUGAGAGCGAGAUUAUAACGUUAGAUAAAGAUGAUGACGUCAGUGAGGAGCCCCGAACUCCGAAGCAAUUAGUUUUAACGUCUAACUUCGUACAAAUUACCCAGAAGGAUGCCAAGCUGAUAGGAUUAAUAGCAACCUUUUUACAUAUUCAUCCAUUUGGUGCAAGUGUAGAUUAUUUAUGGUCCUAUUUACAAAAAAUGGAACCAGGUAUCAAACCCAAUGAAGUAGAAGCACUGAUGCAACGAUUUCCUCAAGUCUUUAAACAGGACUUAUUCGGAAUCGGAGCGAACAUGGAAAGGCGUUGGCAAUUUUCAGGUUUUAAUGUUUAUCGUAAUCACUGAUUCAUAUGUAUCGAUGAUUAUCGUUGAGAAAAUUAAUAAGAUAUCUAUUAAAGGAUUUUGUAAUAUCAUCAUGUUAUGGUGUCUUGUCAUGUUAAUUUUCAUUGUGAUACUUAUAAUUCUUGUAGCGAGACCUUACUUCGCAAUGUCGUCCUUAAGCAAAACACUUGUAAAUAAAAUUAAGCAAUUUCAAACAAUCUAAAAGAAAA